GAGUUUAGAGACUAUUGUGUGAGAGUUUAAGUUUUGAGUUAUUUUCUUGAGCUAAUAAGAAACAGUGUUUCUUAUAUUCUCUCAAGUUCAUCGAUAUGAGUUUGAUCAAUAGUGCAAUGCAAUCAUGAAGAUCGAAAAUAAUGGGGCCUUACACGGGCUCACUAGAUUUGGGCUGGUAAACCGAUAAAUAACAUGAGAGCAUUUUAAUAAUUCGAGAGAGAAACUCGGAGAGUGGAGGUACUGAAAGUGGGAGGCAUAGAGGGGGUAAUGGGCGAUAACUGCUUCUAACCGUCACUACAAAAGCGAAAUAAACUCCCUUUAACAUUUUUGUGUAACAGAGAGAAGUAUCUAUCCAUUACAAAAGAUGAAGAAAAUGGAAGCGACUAAGAAGGAAGAGAUCAAGAAAGGUCCAUGGAAAGCCGAAGAAGAUGAAGUGCUCAUCAACCACGUCAAGCGAUACGGUCCUCGUGACUGGAGCUCCAUUCGAUCCAAAGGCCUUCUUCAACGCACCGGAAAGUCAUGCCGUCUCCGUUGGGUCAAUAAACUCCGUCCCAAUCUCAAAAAUGGGUGCAAGUUCUCUGCUGAGGAGGAGAAGACGGUGAUUGAUUUGCAGUCUCAGUUUGGUAAUAAAUGGGCGAGAAUCGCUACGUAUCUACCGGGAAGAACUGAUAACGAUGUGAAGAACUUCUGGAGUAGCAGGCUAAAGAGGCUCGCUAGGAUUCUCCAUAACUCCUCGGAUGCAUCGAGUUCUAGUUGCUUCAAUCCAAAACCUAACAAGGGCAAAAACGUCAAACCAAUCCCGUCUCAGAGUUUUGGUCUUGUUGAAGAAGAGACUAGAGCUUCUUCUUCUUCCACUUCCAAGAUUCUUCCUUACUCAUCAUCAACAUCAGACCAAGUUGAUGAUGAAGCCUUGAUCAGGUCGCCGGAACUGGGUAUUAAGUUGGAGAAUCAUCAGCCUUUUACCUUUGGGACUGAUCUCGACGACCCUUUUUUCUACGAUAUACUUGGACCGGCUGAUUCUUCUGAGCCCUUGUUCGGCCUUUCUCAGCCGUUUUUUGAGCCCUCUCCGGCGCCGAGAAGGUUCAGACAUGUUUCGAAAGAUGAUGAAGAGUCUGAUGUUUUCUUACACGAUUUCCCUGCUGACAUGUUUGAUCAAGUUGAUGAUCAAAAUAGGAGUCCUUAGAUUGUGUGCGUCAAGGUUGUUGUUGUUGUGGUUGGUUCUUGUUUUCUAUUAGACUGUUUCCUUUUGUGUGUUUUUAGGUCUAAUUUGACUAAGACUUUAACUAGCUUUGUUUGUUCAGCAAGCAACAAUCUAACUACAUUAUUAUGUAAUGACAACUCUUGUUUCUCUGUUUCAUGUGAAAGUUGUGUUUUUUUAUGUGGCAUAAGAAGUGUCAAACCU